AUGGCGAGCGAGCUGCCGAUGCUGACGCGCAAGGAGCAGAUCGACGCGUUCCUGUGGAACACCAUCGAUGCCGUGCUCGUGCUGCGCUUCGGCCACUCCGACGACCCCGCCUGCAUGCAGCUCGAUGACGUGCGCUGCAUGGCCGUGCGCCCAUGCGUUGCCCACUUGACCUCAUCCCCGCUCUAUCCCCACACCCUCCCCCUCGCCGCCCUUUCUCUGUCUCCACGCCCGCACUUGUCGCCGCCAAUCACGGCUCGCCAGCUAACGCGGGCGGCGACGGACGUGAGCGGGUUCGCGCGGGCGGCGCUGGUGGACGUGAGGGCGGCGGGCGUGGCGGCGUACGUGGCGUGCCUGGACGUGCAGGUGCUGCCCGCGUGCGUGUUCUUCUUCAACGCCACGCACAUCAAGAUGGACUCGGGAUUUCGCCGGGUGUGCAAGCGGGGAGCAUGGGGUCUCGGGACAGGGAAGGAGAAAGGGAGAGUGGGGGGUUGCAAUGGUGGUGGGAGAGUGGGUCCUUGCUUGGCCAUGCAACCGCGUGUCCUCUCUAUUGCGUUGCUUACAAUUCCCCGUCUGCCAUUUGCUCCACCUCUCACCCCUCCCGCUACUGCUGCUGAUCCCUCCUGCCCUGCCCCCCUGUCCUGCUCCCCUCCCCUCCCCUGCUGCCCCCUCUCCACCACUUCUCCCCCCCUGUGCGCCCCUCCCCAUGCACACGCGCCCGGCAGCACGGCGGACCACAGCAAGUGGGUGGGGCCGUUCGCAUGCAAGCAGGACUACAUUGAUGUCGUUGAGACCAUAUACAGGGGAGCCAUGAGGGGCAAGCUCAUAGUCACAUGCCCGCUGCCCAAAGACCGCAUUCCCCACUACGAUCUGCUUUAUCAAGGCUUCUAG